AUGGCUACUUUCUUUCAGAGCGUCCGCCAAGGUUUUGGCAGAGGCGGCAAUAAUAAGAACAAUAACAACGCCAACAAGAUGAAUACCGGAAGCCCUGCCCAGUCACCUGCUUCCCAGGGCCCUCCUGGCCAUGUGUCUAAUUCACCCUCUUUGGCCUCGAACCACUCCACCAUCGAGAACACUGCAGUUUACGACCCUGAUGCCCCAAAGUACUUUUUCCAGGAGAAAUAUGCGCCGCUUAAUGUUAAGGGUAACUUCUUAACGCUGUGCGCUUGCCCAAAGAACGUGGAACUCGGAGAAUGGCUAGCCCACCAGAUCGUUGAACAAUACCGUCUACUUCAUGGCAUGCUCCAAGUCAUUCAAGAAGUGAAUAGUAAUUCCGGACUUCCCAUUUGCAACGAGACCACCUGCCCAACCAUGUCCGCUGGCCGUUUGACCUACACUUGGCUCGUGGAUUCCCAGGCCGCAAAAAUCUCCGCUCCAAAGUUCAUCAACCGGGUGGAGAAAUGGAUUGUCAGCAAGAUCCAUGACCCAGUGAUGUUCCCAACAGAGAAAGUAACUGGAGUUCCCGAGACGUUUGCGCUUAAUGAGGCUAUGGGUGCUCAGGCCUCAAAUGCCGCCGCCAAUGCUGCCGGUGAGGACUGGAUAGGCAAGUCAAGCGGCUUCCCACGAACUUUCUACAAAGACUGCCAGGGGAUCAUGAAGCAGAUGUUCCGCUGCUACGCGCAUCUAUACCACGCACACUGGCUGAACCCAUUCUGGCACAUUAACAAACACGACAUCCUCAACAUGUGCUUUGUUCAUUUUGUCACUGUUGCGAAAUACUACAAGCUUGUUUCUGACAAGGAAAUGGAACCGAUGCAGCCCCUGAUUGACCUGUUCAUCAAGCAGCAGCGUAUCCCCCCAGAGGCUCUUUCCGGUGGUCACUGGGGCCAGCAGGGCUCUAGCUAA